GGACACACAACCACAAGAGUAAGCAGUUCUAACAAAGAUGGCCUGAAGUCAGUUGACACCUGAGACUGAUUGCACAGAAUCAACACUGACAGUUGCUGAGAGCCCUAUCAGACUUCAGUUUUACUUCUACCACAAUGGCCUUAUUGAACGUUACUCUUCCCUGGAAUGUCUCUUUGGACCUCAACCACAGCUAUUUCAAAUCCAACCUCCCAGAAUUAGAGGACACACAACCCACGGGGAAGAACUGGCCAGCCCUUUUCAUUCUGGCCAUUAUAUUUUUUACUGUUGCGGGGAAUAUACUGGUAAUUAUGGCCGUGUCCAUCGAGAGCAAACUGCACAAUGCCACCAACUACUUUCUGUGCUCACUGGCCGUGGCAGACAUGCUGGUGGGAUUCCUAGUUAUGCCAGCCUCACUAAUUAGUAUUCUUUACAAUCACUCCUGGCCUCUCCCUGAACUGCUGUGUCCCAUGUGGAUCUUCCUUGAUGUGCUUUUCUCCACAGCCUCCAUCAUGCACCUGUGCGCCAUCUCUCUGGACCGCUAUAUCGGCAUCCGUAAUCCAAUCAAAUACAGCCGUGGCAACACACUUCGCAAGACCAUGAUCAAAAUAAUUUCUGUCUGGACCAUUUCUAUAGGUGAGAAUUAA